UUUUGUGUCAGCAAGAGGGCAAAGGUCCCUGCUUGAGAUUGUUACAAGCUUUCAUCUCCAGUCCAGUUUGUAUUCUUUUAUUAUUUAUUUUAUGUGCGUUGGUGUUUUGCUGCAUGCAUAUAUGUGUGAGGGUGUCAGACAUUGGAAUUACAGGCAGUUGUGAGCUGCCAUGUGAGUCCUGGGAAUAGAACCCGGCUCGUCUGGAAAAGCAGUCAGUGCUCUUAACUGCUGAGGCAUCUCUCCAACCCCCAGUUUGUAUUCUUUUACAUUAUAAACCAAAAGGUGGAGUGGGCAAACAAGCAAAGAGUUAGCAUUACCAUAGUCUCAGUGGUACGGCUCCAGCACAUGGUGGAAAUAAGCCAUUUUCCUUCCCUCCCUCUUUAGGUCUCAUCCAAAAUGAGUGAGACACCUUCUACUAGUUUCUCCAUGAUUCAUUUGACUUCUUCUGGAGGUCAAGUUCCUUCCCCUCGCCAUGCAAAAGUCACUCAUCCAGUAGUGGCUAAACGCAUCAGCUUCUACAAGAGCGGAGACCCCCAGUUUGGUGGUGUGAAGGUGGUGGUCAAUCCUCGUUCCUUUAAGACCUUCGAUGCCCUACUGGACAAUUUAUCCAGGAAGGUGCCCCUGCCCUUUGGGGUGAGGAAUAUCAGCACACCCCGUGGAAGGCACAGCAUCACCAGGCUGGAGGAGCUGGAGGAUGGCGAGUCCUACCUGUGUUCCCACAAUAGGAAGGUGCUGCCAGUUGACUUGGACAAGGCUCGCAGGCGCCCGCGGCCCUGGCUCAGUAGCCGCUCUCUAAGCACACAUGUGCACCUCAGUUCUGCUACUGCCAUGGUGCCCACCACUGCUCCUGGCACGCUCCAUGCUCCCAGGAGGCUCGUGGUCUUUCGAAAUGGUGACCCGAAGACCAGGUGCGUGGUCCUUCUCAGCCGAAGGAUUACUCAGACCUUCGAGGCCUUUCUGAAGUACCUGACACAGGUCAUGCAGUGUCCGGUGGCCAAACUGUAUGCCACAGAUGGAAGAAAAGUUCCUAGUCUCCAGGCAGUGAUACUGAGCUCAGGAGCUGUGGUGGCAGCUGGAAGGGAGCCAUUUAAACCUGGAAAUUAUGACAUCCAAAAGUACUUGCUUCCUGCUAAGCUACCAGGGAUCUCUCAUCGUGUGUACCGGAAGGGUAAACCUGCGUUGGAAAAAAGAAAAAUGAGUACACAUAUGCCUUCAGUCCUAAGCCCCCAGAUUGAGUCCUUGGAGUCCGAGAAAACAUAUGACUGCUAUUCAGACUGUUCAGUGGCCCCUGAAAAUUACUUGGCCUUAGAAAACCGUGAUUCUCAGAAUCUAUCAACAUAUCCUUGUGAUGAUGGUGUUGAGAAGUCAAUUAUUUUUAAUCAAGAUGGUACUAUGACAGUUGUGAUGAAAGUCCGAUUUAAGAUAAAAGAAGAAGAAACUGUAAAAUGGACGACCACUGUCAAUAGAGCUGGGCUUUCUAAUACCGAGGAAAAGACUAAGAAAAGUAGUUAUCCAGCAAGAACAGAUGACCAAGCAUCUAAUCUGAAGCUUGCAGCGUGUUCAAUGUCUGGGGACACCACUCAGCAGGGCAGUUUGACAGAGGAAGAAAACACUCAAAUGAUAGCACAGCAGGCGGAAUCAUGUAGCUCUGCUGGUUGGGACAAUGCUUCUGUGGACACAGACAUUAUUCAGGGAUGCCAGACACAGGUGAAACAUUUCUACAGGCCCCCGACCCCUGGGCCAAGGAGAAGGAGACAAAAGAAGUCUGUGAUAGGGACUGUCACUGUAGUAUCUGAAACAGAGGUUCAGGAGAAGCAGUUUUCCUAUAGUGAAGAAAGAGAAAGUGGAGAAAAAUCUGAGUACCACAUGUUUACGCAUUCUUGCAGUAAAAUGUCAUCAGUAUCUAAUAAACUUGUUCAGAUCCGCAGCAAUGAUGACUUGGAGUCACCAUUAGAGAGAGCAACGGAAAGUGGCCUGCUCAAGUCAAAUGUCAUAAAUGCUGGUGCUAUAGAAAUUACAAGUCAGAAGGUCUUAAAGAUGUGCCAUAACAAUGGUCUACCAUCCACUGUUUCAGAGAACUCAGUUGAGGAGGAAGACAUAGUAUCAGGCAACGAUGAAAUCAAGCAUUUCAGAAUUUAUGGUCACACCAAUGACAAGUUCAGUUCCAUGUCAGCAGACAGAACUCUUUCCUCGGGUGACAACUGGGGAGCUGACAAAAGUAUUUCUGAUGUUCCUUCUGUUGAAUCUACUGUCACAAGAGUGGACACACUUGUAAAUGAAUUUGCUCACAGUGGUUUAACAGAACUUCGAGAAAACAGGAAGCAGGGUUUAUCCUCUUUUCCCAGCAAAAAGAAGAAGAAAUCGCCACAGCUAAUGAUAAAUUCCAGGUAUAAGAAAAAAGUGAUUGACACCAAAGGAGCUGCUAAUAAAGUUGGGAAAAUAAACAGAGAAAGAACAAUUGCACAGGAAAUACUGUCACAAGAUCUAGACAGUCCUCUUAAAGGAGGGAAACUUUGUGAGGAAGGCCUUGACAUAAGUGAUGUAGUAACUGAAUCUAGUAAUUUUCCUCCCCAAAGUAAUCUCAAUAUCAAAAUUUCCAAGAAUUUCCACAAAAAUAAAUUUAAUGCUUUUCAAAAUUCUAAGACUCAAAGACUUUUAGCCAAAAGAAAAUCCAGACCACUAAAGAUUGUAAGCCUAGAAGGACUCAGAAAACAAGAAAUUGGUCAAGGAGAUAAAGCUUUUCUCCAUAGUGAAUCUAGCCUUUAUAAAGGUAAUUUAGAAAAUCAAAGCUUGCUUAAUGUGUUUAAUAUCCUUGAGGAAAACCAGAAAGUUUCCCAUAGGUCACAGUCACAAAUGGAGGGAGUAACUGGAAAUGUGAGAGGGAUAACAAAAAAGAGUUUAGUCCCAAAACUUAACGAUUUACAUGUAACUUUAAAAAACCAGAAAAAACAAAAGGUAGGUAAAUCAAAGUCAGGUGCUAUAGUAAGUGAACAGCAUGUUACAACCAGGGCAGAUAUGUUAGCUUCUUUGAAAAAACCAGAUUUUUCUGAGGGUAUUCCCCAUUAUUCAGUUAAGAACUAUGUACAGAGAUGGUUGCAGAACAUAAAUCAGUAUCAAGAUUUUGAGCACAGGAAAUCAGCUCCACUACACAAAAAUGGAAGUAAUGUGGUAAAUUAUAACAGUAAUGGUUUUCCAGAAAAUAAUCUCCACACAACUUCUUCAAAAAGAAAUAGUUUUGUUAUAGAAAGUAAUAAGCACAAAACUAAAAAUGACAAUAAAAAUCAAGAGGCUGGUAAACCUCUUAUUGCUACAGAUGAUUGUGAAGAGCGUAGUAAACAUGUCUCUGAGAGCCCGGAUGGGUCUCUGCAUGAUUCUUACUUGGUUUCUCUGAAUGACCACUGCACUUUGUCACCAGCCACUAUUAACGAUCAUAGUACUAAAAGUCAUUUAUCUACUGAGAAGUCCAGACCGGAAGUGAGUCUUAUUUACCAAGAAAUGAACGCAACUACAAAAGGGCAAAGUAUUGAGGCUGCCAUUCAGGUAGACACUAUGGGAGAGAAUGUUUCAAAAACCUGCUUACCAGCCUUGUUGCUUCAGCACCUGGAAGCUUUUGUUCCUAGUAAUCAUAAAAAUCAGAACGGAAUUGCUCAAAUACCAGGUUCAUUAGCAGAUGUUGCAUUCCCUUCUGCAAUAUAUAAUUCAUCCACUAAUCUCCUUCUGGCUUGGCUUUUGGUACUAAACCUAAAAGGAAAUAUGAAUAACUUCUGUCAAAGUGAUGCUCAUAAGAUUACCAGCAGAUCUGCAGAAAUGGUUGCAUUGUUGGAAGUUCUGAAGGACAUUGCCAUCACAGAGGAAGCCGAUGACUUGAAGGCUGCUGUUGCCAACUUAGUGGAAUCCACCAAAAAUUGCAGUGAACCCAGGAAGAGAGAGCAGGAUACAGUGCCAGGAAAUUACACAGCAGCCGGCACUGAGAGUGUUAAGUGUAAUGAAAAUGAAAAGACACAGAAGAUGCUCUUGGAUGAAGGCUACUCCACCAGGGAGGACUGUGGCCCCGAGUUGUGUGUUUCAGAAAUUAUUGACAAGGCACAUAACUCUCCAUGUGAGAUGGGUGCUCUGAAUAUUACUAACCCUCCAAAAGAGACAGGCAACCCAAGCGAUGACUUUUUCACUAGUAAUAGUUAUACUACAAGCCAGCUCUCCACAAAUGACGCUUCUUUCCUAGGAGGGGCCUGUUUGCUUACAGAUGGUGUGUGCUCCCAUAAGGCUUGUGCUAACAGGGAGAACAUCUAUGAAACAGCUUGCUUGAGUGAUGAAACUUACAUUCCCAUCAGCGUCUGCAAAACAACUGACUCUGUGAGUUCAAGAGAAAACAAAUGCAGCAAUAAUUUGGAAUUAACUGAAGAACUCAGAACAGUUAAUGAAGUCCCAAAAGAUCUAAAGAGUUUAGCAGACCCUACAUAUAAAAAUGACUCUAAUGUAUCAACAUCAUAUCCAAAUAUCAGUAACUUAAGCUCCCAUGGUCUUUUCCUAAGUAAAACUGAUCCAGAAUUUGAUAAAGACUAUAAUUUGUUAGAAGAAUUUAAAAAAUGCUCACUUAAAAAAGUGAGUAAAAAGAAAUAUGUAUCUUUAGAUAAGGAAGAAUCAAGGACUUCUGAAGAACCAGGGUCAAUAACCAAUAGCAUGACAUCAAGUGAAAGAAAUAACAUUUCAGAAUUAGAAUCUUUUGAAGAAUUGGAAAGCCAAGACACAGACGUUUUUAAUAUAAAGGUAAGUGCCAAAGAACAUGCUACGGAGGAAUCAAUGCAAAAAGAGUUAGAGGCCAGGAUGAGUUUGAAGUCAAUACACACAUCAGGUAGGGAUAUUAUAGAAGAGGAACGAAGAAACACUGUGAUUUUGGAGACAACUGGUAGGGGGCAGGUGACACCAUCAUCUUUACAUUUUUGUUAUGCUUCUAGUAAAAAUAUGGAAAAGGACAUCAGUGCAGGAGAAACUAAGGUGAAAGUUAAAAUGAUGGUAGAAAGCAUGGAAAAUGUAAAUUACACAGAAUCUAAAAAACAUCUCAGAAGUCCUGUGACUUUAGAUUGGUCAGGUUAUAAGCCAGAUGUUAAGAAUGGACACCUCUGCAAAACAUCCAGUGAUGAUCACAAUGACAAUGACGAUACUGCCCAAGAGAAAGAGUACAAUAGAGGAAUUGUUAAAAGGGCAAUAGAAAAGCUUUAUGGCAAAGCAGAGAUGAUCAAAUCUAUACACAGAUCUCAAGUUUGUCCUUAUAAUCCGGUGGAACUUCAGUGUGCUAAGAAAACAAGUGUUUAUGAUUCUGAAUGCCAGUCAUUGGUCUCUUCUAAACAGGUAUCUAGAGGUUCUCUCAUGUUGCAGAAAUGCCCAGAGGAAGGUGAAGGUGAUGUUAAUGGCGUGAGAGACAGUCUGGGGGGCAACAACAUAGAACAUGUUACAAAAACAGAUGAGCAUGACAAGGACCUUAUUGAAAAAGAGAAAGGAGAACUGAUUGACAAUGGCAAAUGGCUCUUGCGAGAAAAUCAUUUGUGCAGGGUGUCACCGGAGAAUCUUGGCAUGUACGGCAAUGCAGACACCACAUCAGUGGAUACUCUAUUUGAUAAGAACAGCAUUGAGGUGCCAUAUUCACAUUUUGGAGAUCUGGCUCCUGGCCCAACAAUGGCUGAAUUGUCCUCUUCAGAACUGGAGGAAAUGACUCAACCACUUGAAGUGAAAUGCAAUUAUUUUAACUUUCCUCAUGGUAGUGACUCUGAGCCUUUUUGUGAAGAUUUUCUAGAUGUGCAGAAUAAAACCCAUCCUAAAGAGAGCAUACCAAAUCAUCACAGAGAGGAGAAGGGUAAUUACCCAUCUGAAAGAGUGUGUACAUCUGUUACUCAAGCCUUUGCUCCUGCUGGUAACAAAGUCCACCCUGUUGGUAAUGAUGCUAUUAAAACUCAGCCACUGCCUGGAAGUAAUAUAACUCAUGGCACACUUCAGGAAGGGGAUUCUUUGGAUAAACUCUACGCCCUUUGUGGUCAACACUGUCCAAUAUUAACAGUUAUUUUUCAACCUGUAAAUGAGGAAGAUCGAGGAUUUGCUUAUCGCAAAGAUUCUGAUAUUGAAAAUUCUUUGGGUUUUCAUUUAUGGAUGAAAAUAUACCCAUUUCUGCCACAGUCAAACAAAAACAUGCUCAGAGGUGAGAGCAAUAAUUUGAGUGUGAGCAAAGGAUUUACUGAUAAUGCUAUCGGUGAUCCGUUUGAUCAACUUUAUUUCAAAAACAUAGUUGACUUGAUGGCUAAAAUGAAACACAAGCAUGUUAAUAUUAAUAACUCUUUGGACUUAGAGGAAGAAAUUAAUUUGAAGAAAUUCCAAUUAUAUUUAAAGAAAAGGUUUUCAGAUCUCAUGCAAACAUCGUUGCUAGUUGUAGAGAGUAUGAAUUCCAUUAGAUUAAAUAUUCGCAAUUGGACAAAUAACUUCAAAAAUGUUGAUGAGAAUAACAACUUAAUUAACAGAUUCCAGAACUCAAGGACAAAUUCCAACCAAGUAGUAACAGAAAAUACCAGUUAUCAGUUCCCCUUUGGACUGCUUGGUCUAGCUUACAUGUUACAUACUUGGCAAGUUGAGAAAUCCUUAAAUAUUAGAAACAGAAAUAAAUUAGAAAUACAUUACAUUUUAGAUGGUGAAAUUCUUUUUAUCUGGGAAGAGUAAAAACAAUCAAAUGUAGUAGAUAUCAAGAGCAAUAAUGAGUGA